AUGUAUGAGAGAAGCAGUAAAUUAGUAGAGAAUAAAAUUUUCUUCGCCGUACCCCAAGUGCAAUCCCUUGAGCAUCCCUUGCCCUCCGACGUCUGCUCCUUUCAUUCACUAUCACCUGAAGACGCCCUUGAAUGGAACCAUAUGAAAGACUCUGUUGCCUGGCCUGAAACCCCCCCUUUACCAACCAACUUUUCUCUACAUGACACUAGUGAUCCAGCUCACAGCACUUUCACCAUCCUUCCAGGAAACAGAGGGGGGAGUUGGCAUGUAGGGGAUCAGUUGGAAGUUUUGGUAAAAAUCAAUGAUUUCUACGGUCAUCCCAAGAAGUUUGGUGGAGACUUCUUGCUUGCUCGGUUGCACAACCCUACUCUGUUUGCAGGGGUGGCAGGACAAGUGUUGGAUCACCAGAAUGGUUCCUACACUGCUGUAUUCCCUUUACUCUGGGAGGGAAAUGCAGAAGUUGAGGUGAUCCUGGUUCACCCAAGUGAGGCUAUCACAGUGCUGGAAAGAGUGACCCAAGAGCAGCCAGACAGAGUUUAUUUUAAAAGCAUCUUUCGCUCAGGCUCCGUCACCCAAACCACGACAUGCAAUGUAUGCCUCAAGGCAGCUCAGCAGAAUCUGUGCAACUAUACAGACGUCCGCACUGGUGAGCCCUGGUUCUGCUACAAGCCAAAAAAACUGGGCUGUGACACCAGGAUCACCCAUGCUGAAGGAGGUUUCAAACAACCUCUAAAGCCCGGGGAGGGGAACCUCUUUAAACGUGGUGUCAACAUGAAAGUCUCCAUUCGGGCCUCAGAAAUUUCUAAUAUCGAUAUUUUGCCAAAAGUAAAAGGGGAUGCCAGUCCAAGUCUGAAUAUUAGACCUGCUGGUUAUUAUUACCAGGGUGUGUGGCGGGUAAUACACGGCACUCCGGCUAAACAGUUUAACACAUCCACAGCAAUCAGCCAGUGUCUCAAAGACAAGGUGAUCCACCUGUACGGGGACUCCACCAUCAGGCAGUGGUUUGAAUACUUAAUUGAAUCAGUACCAGGACUAAAAAAGUUUGACUUGAAAACCCUAAAGCAGAGUGGACCAUUCCUUGCUUUGGAUUAUGCCAACAACAUCUUAUUGACAUUCCAUUGCCACGGUCCGCCAAUCCGCUUUGGCACUAUGGCUGCCAGUCAGACACGUUAUGUUGCCAAUGAACUGGACAGUGUGAUUGGAGGCACAGGCACCGCUGUGGUCAUUGGCAUCUGGUCUCACUUAAGCACUUUUCCCGUUGAGGUCUAUAUUCGACGUCUACUAAAUGUACGGAGGGCGGUGGAGCGGCUGUUGAUCAGAGCUCCAGGUACACUUGUCAUCAUCAGGACUGCUAAUCCCAAAGCAUUAGACCUUUUCAAGACACUGACCAAUAGUGACUGGUAUUCCUUACAGCGUGAUAAAAUCCUAAGAGCAAUAUUCAAAGGGGUGAAAGUCCAACUGGUGGAUGCCUGGGAGAUGACUGUUGCACAUUACCUGCCACACAACCUCCAUCCAGAACCCCCCAUUAUCAAAAAUAUGAUCAAUAUCAUUUUGACCCACUUGUGCCCCCCUGGUGAAAGUUUUAAUGAAGCAACCAAGCCGUAG